CCGUUCAAGUUGAACUUCAUUCGAGCCAAGCGCGUUAGUUUGACGACAGCUAUCUGCUGUGAAGGCGCGCUCCCAAAUAUUCCCGUUAAAAGUUUAAAAACUUGCUUUCCUCCCGAAAAACUGACUUUUUCCACAACUGUUGACUUAAACCACCCCAAGGAUGAGAACUUAACAGACUGUAGUCGCAGGUGUUGGGAAAACUGUGCGUUUUUGGUGCGUUUUUGAAAUCGAAUGUGGUGCGUAAACUGGGAAAAUCAAUGGAACUGCUAGUAUGUGUCCACCUUCGAAAUUAUCUGAACUAAACGAAGAGUUACGUGUCUCGUUCCUAAUUUCUGUCCAUUUAGCUAAUGAAAAUGCAGCCAAUUAAAACCCCGUUUAUCUCACUUGCCGCACUGUAGUAAUAACCAAAAAAUGGAAUAGAACCAAAUCAUGUCUUCGACCAAUAUCUACGAAAACUUGCCCCUGAAGAAGCUCGGCGACAGCGAGACUUCCAAAAAUCUAAUCUCCGAAAUCAAGCAGAAAAAGCGGAAAAGCACGCCGGACAUCCAGAAAGUCUCCUCGCAGAACAACAUUUCAAAAAAAGCCAAAUCUUCGCGAAGCAUAUCAGAGAUGCUCUUCAACCGGAGCGAUGACAAGAGCGAUGAGAAUUUAAGCGCUGGUGAGAAAAGCAACGGCGAAGACAGUUGCAAAAAAAUUCAAUCUACUCCGACUUCGACGCUUGACGAUGGCUACGAGUCCUGCAACAGCACCCCCUUGGUUUCAGGUAGAGCGAAACCGACGAAGCAACACUCGAACCAGGCGACAAAUUUAGUACUUACUUGCACGUUAAGAAAAAAAGAUCUUCAUGUACAGCUCGAAGAAGACGAAAAAGGGUACGAAUCCUUUGUACUUUCCACUAGUUCUAGUCAAGCGGGCGAAGUCGAUCCAGACUCGCCCACGGUCCCGGACGAUGCCAGGGAGACUUGGGGCUCCAGUGCUGAUUUUUUACUGUCCAUCAUCGGAUUUGCAGUCGAUCUGGCCAACGUGUGGAGAUUUCCGUAUCUUUGUUAUAAGAAUGGGGGAGGAGCGUUUUUAGUUCCCUAUACUUUAAUGCUGGUCUUUGGAGCCGUCCCUUUGUUCUACAUGGAACUCAUCCUGGGACAAUUUAACAGGCAAGGACCUAUCAGUUUAUGGAGGAUAUGCCCCCUUUUCAAAGGUGUUGGAUUUUGUGCCGUCCUAGUCGCAUUUUACGUUUCAUUUUAUUAUAAUGUAAUAAUAGCAUGGGCUUUGUACUUUUUGGGGACGAGUUUUUCGCCCGACUUGCCCUGGCUCCAUUGCAACAACACAUGGAAUACGGAAAAAUGUUGGGAAAGCAUGCUUCCAGGUGCUUCAAACGUUACGACGAGACCUCCAGUCUUUAACGACACAACUCCUACCAAUCGACAUACACCAGCUUCUGAAUUUUUUCACCGAGCGGUAUUAGAAAUGCAGUGGAGCGAUGGCUUGCACGAGAUGGGAUACCCGAAAUGGCAGCUAGUCUUGUGCUUGAUGAUUGUGUAUGUGAUGCUUUACAUUUCUCUUUUUAAAGGGGUAAAGUCCUCAGGAAAAGUUGUGUGGGUCACGGCAACAAUGCCCUACGUAGUUCUUACGAUUCUUUUAAUUCGGGGGCUGAUGUUACCAGGAGCCGCGAUGGGUAUUUCCUAUUAUCUCAAGCCGGAAUUAUCAAAACUUCGGGAAACUCAGGUUUGGGUCGACGCCGCUGUACAAAUAUUCUAUUCAGUCGGAGCAGGAUUCGGCGUGCAUCUCUCUUAUGCUAGUUACAACACGUUCCACAACAACUGUUUCAGGGACUGCAUAGUCACAACAGCCGUGAAUUGCUUCACAAGCUUCUUCUCCGGAUUUGUGAUAUUCACCUAUUUGGGAUUUAUGUCGUAUAAACAAGGGGUCCAUAUUAGCACAGUUGCCACCGAAGGACCCGGACUCGUUUUUCAGGUGUAUCCUGAAGCAGUCGCCACUCUACCAGGCUCGCAUUUUUGGUCAAUGCUUUUCUUUUUCAUGCUAAUAAUGCUUGGACUUGACUCAGCUAUGGGCGGUUUGGAGUGUGUCAUCACUGGACUAAUGGACGAAUACUCAAAUUUCUUCAAAUCACGUAAACAUUCGAGGGAAAUUUUCACUCUCGGGGUGAUUAUCGUCUCAUUUUCUGUUGCUCUUAUCAACGUCACACCUGGCGGUAUUUACACUUUCAAUUUAUUUGACACUUAUUCCGCUGGGAUUUCACUCCUAUGUUCGGCCCUUUUUGAAGCAAUUGCGGUUUCGUGGUUCUACGGUUUGGAUCGAUUCACUCAAGACGUGGAAGCAAUGAUUGGGACAAGGCCAGGUCUUUAUUGGCGAAUUUGUUGGAAAUUUGUUAGUCCAACUUUCAUAAUUAUGGUGGUGUUGUUUGGAUUACUCAACCCCCAGCCUCUCAAAUAUAACGAUUAUUUUUACCCCAAAUGGGCUGAAUGGGUCGGGUGGUCUUUAGCUCUCUCGUCCAUCAUCAUGAUACCACUUGUUGCAGUGUUACAGUUAAUUAAAACCGAAGGAACUUUUAAGGAGAAACUUGCCAUUAGUAUCACUCCGAUUGAAGAACACGAAGAGGUUCGGCGGAGUAAACUCGUGAGUAGGUUCAGGGCCAGGCAUUGGUUGUUUGUCUAAGUUCCAUACCUCUUAUUUUUUACCUGUGUUUUAGAUAUAUUUUUUAUUGCGCUGGUCGUACAUUUAUUAAUGUUAAGUGUUUUGUAAAAAAUAUUGUACAUGUAUAGGCUGUAAUCAUUUCAAUAAAAUCAGUGUCGAAAUAUCGAUUGGCAAUCAUACGAACAAUACAUUGUAAUAAAAGCUUUCGUGUAUAAAUGUUACCACCGACUAUUUAAUGGUUGCAGUUGCAUGAGAUUAGAUAAGUAUUUCGUUAGUUUGGGUCCAAAAUGUUUCUUAUGGCUGGCCCAUAGAAAUGAUUGUUUAAAAUAAAACGACCAACGGCUUUGUAAAUAAUGUUGGGUUGUUUGUGUUCAAUUUUUGUAUAAAAAUCGCUGAGUUGCCCCAAUGUAAAGUUACUUAAUUUAUUAUAGGUGAAGACCAACGAUUAAAACUAGAAGAUUAUUGCCAAAGUAUUUGAACUGAGCUUUAUACGUUUUUUGUAAUUUAUUUUUCAUCGUACUAGUCCUAGCUUGUAGUUUUGAUGUUGUGAACGCAACAUAUUGUGUAAUUCUAAACAAUCGUUUCGUUCGAUUAGAACAGCUGUGGCUUACCACAGCGAUUUAUGUGUGAAAAAUGUUCAGAAAUAUUUAAACAAUUUGCCUUCGUUGUUUAAAUAUUUUAUUAGAUAUUGGUAAGAUUUCUAAGAAGUUAAAUGUACUUGAAAACGUUUACAUUGUACUAAAUAAAAAACAAGAGCUUGUACAAUAAACCAAAAAAUAAAACGUUUCAGAAA